AUGUCACAAAAUCAGAACUCUCGACCUUUUCCCACCACCACCAAGCCCCCUCAACAAUCGCAGCAACCAAAGAAAACCAUUUCAGCAGCUGAAUCCCUACUGAAAAUCUCCAAAUCCUCGAAUACCUCACUCCCGCUCGAGUACAUCAAGUACAUGGACACUCGUCCCGACGGUGGCGCUCCCUUGAACGCCGCCUUCAAUUCCUCCAACAACUUUCGGUCGGCCGGUAGCGACUACAACACACUCCAUCAUGAUCAGAAGAAGUUCUACAUGAGAGUUAUCGGCGAUAUUGCCAAAGCGGACCGCUCGGACCUGAUCGAACCCCUGCUAUUGUUCAUGCCUACGGGCUGGCGGACGCGCCAUGUGCCACUUCCGAACAAGGGUCAGGAGUACAUUUUACAGUCUCCUGAUUUUAAGUGCAGGAUGAUUGGAAGGUUUCCUGACCCCGGGGCUCCCGCGAUCGAGUGGGAUGAUUGGAUCGAGGAGUGUGAAGACGAGUAG